AUGCCUUCUUCAUGGAAGUCAAUGGAUGCGGAGGCCCCCGGAGUGGCCUCUGGGCUAAAGGGCGACGCAGAGCCGUCGCAGCGAAGUGCUCGCAGCGACACCCUCUACGACGUGCUCAAUGUCUCUCAUACCGCCACGGUGGAGGAGAUCACGGCGGCGUACCGUAGGCUUGCACUUGUGCACCACCCGGACCGCCCCAGCGGUGUUCAGGUGAAGUUUCAAGAGAUCCAGCGCGCUUAUGAGGUGCUCAGCGCAACGGAGACGCGGGACAAAUACGACGCUCUGCUGAGUGGGAAAGUCGCCGUGCGGAACUUUAAGCGACCGCCUCAGCUGGAGUCGGUAUUACAGCCUGUUUACGCACUGCUCGCCGAUGGCGCCUUCUACGAAUUUGAGGCGGCCCCCAGCAAGCUGAAGUGCAGCUUUCACUAUGGUGACGGUAUUCGGUUUAACGGCGAAUGCGGUAGCCUCAUCGGGCUCGCCGGCGACGACUUCUUGUAUUGGACCAUCAGCGGGCGAGGGUAUGCUUCGAGGCUGUUUAAGGCCGGCAGCAGCUUUGCCCUCUCGAGCGUUUGCGUCUUGUAUCGUAGCAACUUGGGGCUGCGCAAGAUUCCACUGCGGCGCUCAUCUUUGAAGUCACCGAGCACUAGUCUCCCCACCCGCUCUUCUGGAGGGAUGCAGGGCGCGAGCGGCAACGCUGGCGUUUCUGGGGGCUCGGCGAGUACGAAGAACGCUGCCAACAGGUCCGAGGCGCAUCGCAUCAAGGAGGCGCUGCUAAAGAGAGAACGAAGCCGCAAUUUCAAGAAGCGGUUGGAGAUGAUUGGUCAGGAGGAGACGGAGAAGCGCAGGUAUCUCCAACAGGAUUUGUGGGAGAGGUUUACCACGCUGCACAUGGCGGUAGAGACGGUGCUGCAGUGUGUGCUGAAAGGCACACCUGUGCCGGUAGAGGUGAUGCGUUUGAUGGGCUACACCUCUCCGGAUGCGACACUGUGCUCAUCUGACGUGGGAAGCUCGCAAUUGCCCGCGGUGGCGGAGUCGGUGCUGACCAGCUCAUUGUGGGUUGACCCGCGGCAGAGCGAUUACUACAGCGACGAUGAAAUGCUGCGGGAAAGCGGCGGCGGCAGCAAGGAAGACGACAGACAUCGCGUUGCUAGGGGUGGAGGUGUUGCCACACACCGCAGCCGUGGUAGCGGCCACAGCAGGUCUUGCGGGUCGCUGUCGCUGCGGUCUACGCAAGCCUCCGAUGGCUCACCCGACGGUGACACAUGCCGCGGAGGCUCAACAGCGGCGGUGCCGCUCCCAUCGACUCUGCGUCGCUUCGAACGAGAUGCGGCCGCUGUCACUGGCGUCUCUGCUGGUACAGGGGCUAUAGAAACACAAGCAAUUGCGUCCCCGUCCCCGCCGCCACUCUGUCCAGCAUCAUCGAUGGAGUCACCAGGUGAAGUCACUCCGCCGCACCGAACAAGCGAAUCACACACUGCUUCCAUCUCGCGACCGUCUUGUGCCGCCAAUGUUCCUGUGAAGAAGCUCGCCAUGAAGAAGUCUGCCGAGCCGGUGGCUCAAGCAAAGGAAGGUCUUCCAAGGAGUGGCUUCAGUGCUGCAUCCACCCCUCCGCCCGUGAGCGCUAGGGAAGAGUGUUCCCCCGGAGUUGGCUCAAUGGUGGCGGUCGCCUCGACUCAUGCCAGCCCGCAUAGAGUUUCUCUUACCGAUGCACCCGCUGAAAUGCUCAGCGAGGACUGCAAAGUGUGCCCGCCGUCUCCGAGGUAA